UUUUGCCCCUCUUUACCGUUUCUUGUUAUCUAAAACUCUAGAUAGGGUUCAUUAGCAACUCUCUCUCUCUCUACACUCUGUUUUUUUUUUCUUCUUCUUGAGAUUCCAAAAUGGCUUCCAUUUCAGCUACAUUUGUCGGAUUUGGGGCUUCAGUUAACUUGUCUGUUAGAACUGAUAACCAGAUUAUUGGAAAAAGUUCGAGUUUGGUGUCGUUCGGUUUGCCAAGAACUGGUGGCUUUCCUUCUAUCAGAACGUCUCGCCUCCAAAUUUGUGCCGCGAAACCGGAGACAUUGGAGAAAGUGAGUGCCAUUGUAAGGAAGCAACUCGCGUUAACCCCCGAAACAGAACUCACCCCUCAGACUAAAUUCACCGAACUCGGUGCUGAUUCUCUCGACACCGUGGAAAUAGUUAUGGGGUUAGAGGAAGAAUUCGACAUCAGCGUCGAAGAAGAGAACUCUGAGAUUAUAACCACAAUUCAAGAAGCUGCUGAUUUGAUCGAUAAACUUGUCGAGAAGAAAGCUUAAAUGGCGAAAAAACAGAGAAGACUUAUAUUAUUGAGGAAUUUCUAGUAUUCAUUGUGAGCUUCUAGAGUGGAGAUUUUCUUGGAAAAUUUGGAAUUAGGAUUUAUUUUUAUGAAUGAUUAUUUUGCUAGUUCAUUUAAUUAGUACAAAAAGAACAUGGGACUCAUGAUGUUUUGUGUGUGGUUUUUUGCUGUGUAAGAGAUUUGGUUGCUUCUUUUAUGUGUCUUCAAUUAUU